AUGAGUGAAGGUACAAAAACAUGGGAACAACUGAUUAUUGAUUAUAGUAAAAAGAAGCCAAAAUUCAAAUCACGCACAUGUAAAAUCUAUGAUAUUAAUUCACCGUGUCCUGCCGAUCGAGAUAAAUUAUGUCUUUGUGAUCGUAUGAUUCGACGCCAUAGUUACACUGGUGAUAGUUUACGAAGUCAGUCUUCAGAAAAUGGUGAUAAUAAAUGGGAAUCUCCGAAAAAUUUUGCCGUUUUAACUCAUACUUGUCAUGCACCUAUUAAUGUAUAUGGCACAUUAAAACCUAUCAAUUGUAAAUUUCUUCGAAUAGAUAAUCGAGUUGAAAUCAAAGACUUAUUUGAAUUGAUUCUGGAGGAUUGUAAUAAUCAAAAACCAGAUCUUAUAUUAAGUAUUUAUGGAGGAGCGAAAUAUUUUUCUAUGACAGAAAAACUUGAAAAAGAAGUUAUAAGAGAUCUUAUUGAUGCUGCAUAUGCAACGAAUGCAUGGAUUCUUACUGCUGGUGUUAAUAACGGUGUAUCGAAAUUAGUUGGCGAAGGUAUUUCACAUUAUAGUAUUUUACGAGCUUAUCCGAAUACAGUUAAAUGUAUUGGAAUGACUAUGUGGGGCACAAUAGAUGAAAAUACACGUCUUGAACUUAGAACUGCAGCAAAAUCCCUAUGUGAACGGCAAACUCCAGAAAAUGUUCAAGAUGAUAAAGCGUCAAUCGAAAAAAAUCAUACACAUUGCAUUUUAUUUGAUGGUGGUACAUUAAAUGAUUAUCUCAGCGACUCACAUCGUCAUAAAUUUGUCACUGAAGCAUGUCGAAAUAAAGAUGAUAAUCACACAUGUUAUCCUGUAACAAUCAUCAUCGAAGGAGGUUUAGGUAGCCUCGAAGUAAUUAAAAAUGAUGUUGAACAAAAGCGACCAAUUGUUUUGAUUAAAGUUCGUAGUGUAAAAUAUUCACUUAUACUUAUUAUAUUGGAAUCAUCGAAAUGUAGGGUAGUGGCCGUUUAG